CAUCAGAGACACCAGGAGCCAGAUCACUACAGAGACUUAGAGGAAGGACUCAUGGAUUCAAACGAGCAGAGUCUUCAAGACAUCCACCGCACAAUGUCUCCAGCGGCAGAACGGCUUCGUUACAUUCUGAGUGAAGAUGACGACCUGCCGACACCAACGCUAUUCACAGAAAUGGAUACACUACAAAGAGAAGGAGACGAGCUGGAGUGGAAGGAGUCUGCCAGGUGGGUGAAGUUCGAAGAGAAGGUGGAAGAGGGAGGAGAGAGGUGGAGUAAACCCCACGUGUCCACUCUUUCCCUGCAUAGUCUUUUUGAGUUGAGGACUUGUCUCCAGACAGGAACAGUACUGCUGGACCUGGAGGGCUACUCAUUGCCCCAGAUAGUUGAUGACAUCGUUGAGCGACAGAUUGAGGAAGGCAUGAUAGCACCCGAGCUUCGAGAGAAGAUCAGUUUUGUUCUGCUGAGAAAACAUCGACACCAGACAAAGAAGCCAAUCCACCGCUCACUAGCUGACAUGGGAAAGUCCAGCUCGACUACCACUCGUAAUGUAGGGCCCAGAGGGGGACCGGCUCCAGGGCCGGCAUCAGGACCACUGCCCAACUUUAACCGAUCGACUGAGGAUCUCAGAAUGAAACAGCAGCCUGCUAACUAUGGUCGCCUGCGUCACGCCCAGAGUAGAAGUAUGAAUGAUAUUGCAGACACCCCCAGCACGGACCAGCUAAAAAAUAAGUUUAUGAAGAAAAUCCCGAGAGACGCAGAAGCAUCCAACGUCUUGGUCGGUGAAGUUGAUUUCCUUACCAAACCCUUUGUGGCCUUUGUCCGCCUCGCUCAAGCUACAACUCUGGGAGGUCUGACAGAAGUCCCUGUCCCCACCAGAUUCCUGUUUAUUCUCUUGGGACCUCAAGGAAAGGCCAAGUCCUACAACGAGAUCGGCCGAGCCAUAGCGACCUUAAUGGUUGAUGAUCUCUUCAGCGACGUAGCAUAUAAGGCCAGAGAUCGAGAGGACCUCAUCGCAGGUAUAGAUGAGUUUUUGGAUGAGGUGAUCGUGCUUCCACCCGGAGAAUGGGAUCCCAAAAUCCGCAUUGAGCCGCCCAAGAAAGUCCCCUCAGCUGACAAAAGAAAGUCUGUGUUUUCCUUAAACGAGCUCGGGCAGAUGAACGGUACGGCUGGAGGAGGAGGAGGCCUCGCUGAGGACGAGGAGAUGCCAGUACAACAUGAGCUUGGAGAGGAGCUGGCAUUCACUGGACGUUUCUGCGGAGGUCUCUACCUGGACAUAAAAAGGAAGCUUCCAUGGAUACCGAGUGAUUUCUACGAGGGUUUCCACAUUCAGUCCAUCUCUGCCGUGCUCUUCAUCUACUUGGGCUGCAUCACCAAUGCCAUCACCUUCGGAGGCCUGCUGGGAGAUGCUACUGAUAACUACCAGGGUGUCAUGGAGAGUUUCCUGGGAACAGCUCUGGCUGGCACUGUCUUCUGUCUCUUCAGUGGUCAGCCUCUUAUCAUCCUCAGCUCCACUGGACCAAUCCUCAUCUUUGAAAAGCUCCUGUUUGAGUUCAGCAAGAACAACGACAUAGAUUACAUGGAGCUGCGUCUUUGGAUCGGCAUCCACUCCUGCUUGCAGUGUUUUCUCCUCGUAGCUACAGACGCCAGUUACAUCAUCAAGUACAUGACACGCUUUACUGAGGAGGGCUUCUCCAGCCUCAUCUCCUUCAUCUUCAUCUCUGACGCCAUCAAGAAGAUGGUGGGCUCCUUCAAAUAUUAUCCAAUCAACACUGACUUCAAGCCCGACUUCAUCACCGCUUACAAGUGCGAAUGCCUGGCACCAGACCCGAGUGAGUUCACCCUCAGAUAUUGGGAGGAGUUGAAUGUGACAGCUCUGGACUGGAGCCAGUUAAGCAAGAAGGAGUGUCUGAAGUAUGGAGGCUCUCUUGUGGGAAAGUCUUGCAAGUAUGUUCCAGAUCUGGCUCUCAUGUCCUUCAUCCUCUUCUUCGGCACCUACUCCAUGACAGUCUCCCUCAAGAAGUUCAAGUUCAGUCGCUACUUCCCCACAAAGUUGAGGAAACUCAUCAGUGACUUCUCUAUCUUCAUGUCAAUCAUGACAUUUGUUGGGCUUGAUAUGCUGAUAGGACUGAAGACUCCAAAGUUAAUUGUCCCAACAGAAUUCAAGCCAACUCGGCCAGAUCGUGGCUGGCUGGUGAUGCCGUUUGGUAAGAACCCAUGGUGGGUUUAUGUCGCAAGCUUUGUCCCAGCUCUACUUGUUACCAUCCUCAUCUUCAUGGACCAGCAGAUCAGCGCUGUCAUCGUCAACCGCAAGGAGAACAAACUAAAGAAAGGUUGUGGCUACCAUCUUGAUCUCUUCUGGGUGGGCGUCUUAAUGGCUGCCUGCUCCUUCUUGGGCCUGCCCUGGUAUGUGGCUGCCACUGUCAUCUCCAUCGCUCAUAUAGACUCACUGAAGAUGGAGAGUGAGUCGAGUGCUCCAGGAGAACAGCCUCAGUUCCUUGGGGUCAGAGAACAAAGGAUGACAGGCCUCUUGGUGUUCGCUUUGACUGGGGUUUCCAUCUUCCUCGCUCCAGUACUGAAGUAUAUCCCCAUGCCUGUCCUGUACGGCGUCUUCCUCUAUAUGGGUGUAGCCUCCCUCAGUGGCAUCCAGUUCUGGGACAGGAUUAAGUUGUACAUGAUGCCAUCCAAGCAUCAGCCCGACUUCUCUUACCUCCGCCAUGUUCCUCUGAGGAGAGUUCACCUAUUCACACUUGUCCAGAUCAUAUGUCUAGCUGUCCUCUGGGUCCUGAAAUCCACCUUCUUGGCCAUCAUAUUCCCUGUAAUGAUCCUGGGCCUGAUGGUUGUCCGAAAGAUGCUGGACAUGGUCUUUUCCCAGCAUGACUUAGCCUGGCUCGACGACCUCCUGCCUGAGAAGGAGAAGAAGAAGGAUGACGAUAAAAAGAAGGGGAAGGAGAAGGAGAAGAAGAAGGCAAAAACAAAUGACAGUGAGGAAGAGGACAAGAGCCACAACUACUCAAACCACUCACCAAGUUCAGAGUCAGACUUGGAUCGCAGCAUCACCCUCCACCUGAAGAUCUCCUGCCCGUCGUCUCCUGCUGUGCCGAUGGGCCGAGGGAUGGCCUGUCCCGUGCCCCAGGUCAAGAUCGAGAUGGAGUCAGACUAUGACUCAGACAUCGACCACCACCGCCCUCGGGACAUGAGCAGCGAGACCACGCUAUAGAGCCGAACCUCAACAUCUUGUUGACUGAAUAACGCACAGCUAGGAGGGAGCAAACUGCUUGAGACAGCUACUGCUGACCCACAUACAUGUCAAGGUUGCACCGGCUGACGGCUGACAACAGACUGGUUGAAAUGGGAAUGAUCGAAUCAAUGGAACCGGAGACGUUUAAGUUUUAGCUGCAAUGUGCUUUUAAAUUUGUGCAUUUAUGGAAAUAUUUAUAUUUUAAUCGUAUAAAAAAUAUUAAAUGUAUUUAUUUGAAUGAUGUAAAUAGACACAACGUGAGUGUACAAAUCUAAAUAUGUGCCGUGUAAUAUAUCUUUUUAAGUGAAAAUAUUUACCUUCAUAAAAACUAUCUUUGUAUUGAUACUGUGCUGGUAUUUCCUCCAAUUGAACUCAAAAUAUGUACAAUGCCAAAACAUAAUAUACCAUGAUACUACCCGUGCCUGUGUGCGCAGAGGCUGGAAAUGUAACAAAGAACAACAAGAAAAAACGUGAUUGAUUUAGCACCUAUUUACCAUUAGGUUGUACAAAGCCAUGCCCACCAGCGUAUGUACUCUAAGUGCUCACAUAUUCGUGAUUUGGUGUUUGUUUGAGUAAGCUAUAGCGAGCCUCUAGUCUGGGAGAAUUUCUCCUCUUCCUGUUAACCUACAUUUAAACUCUCUCUCACAGCGGCACAGUAACCUGGAGCAAAAAGAAACAACCAAAGGUGCUGAUGUUCUGAUGUUGCAUACAGGUUCAUUUAUGUUCUUUGACUUUGUCUGCAUGGAAUAAAAAAUAACUUCCACCAAAACCAAAAAAAGGAAAUGCACACAAGAAGUAUGUUCAUGAACUGUCAGAGAAAAAACAUGUUAUUAAAAAUUAAAAUGAAAACUGUG